CCUGGAGCUCCGGCCAUGAAGUCUCGUCAGAAAGGCAAGAAGAAGGGCAGCUCGAAGGAGCGAGUGUUUGGGUGCGAUUUGCAGGAUCACCUGCAGCACUCAGGCCAGGAGGUGCCACAGGUGCUAAGGAGCUGUGCAGAGUUUGUGGAGGAAUAUGGAGUGGUGGAUGGGAUCUAUCGUCUCUCAGGGGUCUCCUCCAACAUCCAGAAGCUCCGGCAGGAGUUUGAGGCAGACAGGAAGCCAGAUCUGCACCGGGAUGUUUACCUCCAGGACAUUCACUGCGUCUCCUCCUUGUGCAAGGCCUAUUUCAGAGAACUGCCAGAUCCGCUGCUCACGUAUAGACUCUAUGACAAGUUUGCUGAGGCUGUGGCAGUGCAGAUGGAGCCUGAGCGCUUGGUCAAGAUCUUAGAGGUGCUUCGAGAACUCCCUCUCCCAAACUACAGGACCCUGGAGUUCCUUAUGCGGCACUUGGUGCAUAUGGCCUCAUUCAGCGCCCAGACCAACAUGCAUGCCCGAAACCUGGCCAUUGUGUGGGCUCCCAACCUGCUCAGGUCUAAGGACAUAGAGGCCUCAGGCUUCAACGGGACGGCAGCCUUCAUGGAGGUGCGUGUGCAGUCCAUCGUCGUCGAGUUCAUCCUCACACAUGUGGACCAGCUCUUUGGGGGUGCUGCCCUCUCUGGUGGUGAAGUGGAAGGUGGAUGGCGAUCUCUUUCAGGGGCUCGGGUAUCAAACAGUCCUGAGGACUUUACACCCAGGUCCCUGCCCUACAAUUUGCCCAGCAUCCUGCAGGAUGGACCUCCACAGAUCCGGCCCUACCACACCAUCAUUGAGAUUGCUGAGCAUAAGAGGAAAGGGUCUUUGAAGGUCAGGAAAUGGAGAUCCAUCUUCAACUUGGGUCGCUCUGGCCAUGAGACAAAGCGCAAACUUCCAAGAGGGGCCGAAGAGAGGGAGGACAAGUCUGAUAAGGGGACACUUCGGCCAGCCAAAAGCAUGGACUCCCUGAGUGCUGCGACUGGGACCAAUGAUGAGCCAGAGGAGCUAAUGGGACCCAGCAGUCCUCGGCCGAGCCAGCUGCUGCCUGAGAGCCUGGAGAACUGUUCUGUGGAGGCAGCAGAGGGCGAGCAGGAGCCUGAGGCAGAGGCAUUGUGUGGCACAAACUCUGAGCCAGGCACACCACGAGCUGGGAGGCCAACAGCCCGGGCUAGUGGUACCAGCCGUGCAGAGCGCUGUGCUGGUGUUCACAUCUCAGAUCCCUACAAUGUCAACCUUCCCCUGCACAUCACCUCUAUCCUCAAUGUGCCCCCAAACAUCAUCUCCAAUGUUUCCUUGGCCAGACUUACCCGUGGACUUGAAUGCCCCGCCCUACAGCCUCGACCAAGUACUGCUUCUGGUCCUGGCCCAGGCCCCGGUCCCCCAGAUGAGAAGUCAGAGUCAAGAUCAUCCCUAGAUCCUUUGGCCAGUUCAGGACCAGGGGAUAUGGCCUCUGCCUUGGAAGAUUCCUUGUCCCAGGAAGUGCAAGAUACCUUCUCCUUCCUAGAAGACUCAAGCAGCUCAGAGCACGAGUGGUUAGGGGCAGAGGAUGGAGAAGUGAUUAAAGCAGAAAUAGCAGGAGCAGCCUUCUCACCUGGGGAGGAUGACCCAGGGAUGGGUUACCUAGAGGAACUCUUGAGAGCUGGACCUCAGGUAGAGGAGUUCUCUGUGGAGCCACCCCUGGAUGAUCUCUCUCUGGAUGAGUCACAGUUUGUCCUGGCUCCCAGCUGCUGUUCCCUGGCCUCUGCUGACCACAGGCCUGAAGCAGAGGAAGAAAGUGGGGAGGAAGUCUUCCUGAGUGCCUAUGAUGAUCUAAGUCCCCUCCUGGAGCCCACAUUUCCAAUCUGGGAAGGUCUAGGAAAUCCGGAAGAAAAGAUAGCAGGAUGUGGAAGACGAGCUACAGGGCAGGCUGAGGGAAAGCAGCCAGGCUGGGGAGUUGAGGAGAAAAGGAAAGCUGAGUCUGGAAAAAAAUGGGACAUUAGGGAGGAGGCUGAAGGGAGUCUAGAGACCGAGGUAGAGACUGGAAAGUCAGGUGAAGAAGGCAUGGAGGCUGAGGGAAGCCAGAAUAUGAUGGUCAGUUUGAGAGAUGUGAAUGGGGAAGAGGUAGAGGCCAUAGAAGAGAAGUUUAAAAGUCAGAAUGAAACCGAGACUGCAGAGGAGGCUAAAAGCAUGGAGGAGGAGACAGAAGGAGAGGAUGGCAAAGACAAGGGAAAGGAAAGAGAGUCUGAGCGAGAGAAAGAUGCUGAGGGAGGAGAGGAGACCCAGGUAGAAUCUGGACAGAAUUUGGAGUAUGGAGCCCAAAAACAAGUUGCUGAGGAGAGCUGGGAAAUUGUACAUACACAAGAGACUGAAGGAACCAGAGAAGAUGAUGUCAACGGACAGAGCAGGGGUGGGGGCCAGGAAUCAAGAGAAGUCCAAGGAGAUGGUGAAGAUAAAAUCACAGAAGCAUCUGGAGGACGAGCAGGGGAGGUCAACAAGGAACGGGAGAGUGGGGAUGGAGAGGCUGAGGGUGACCAGAGGGCGGGAGAUGACCAUUUUGAAGACGGUUCCCUCUCUAAAGAGUCCAGUGGUGAGUCCCUGGAGAUUGACAGUACCAAAGGGGGCAAUGCCCAGGCCUCUGAAAGGGAACAGGCCAUUCCAAAGCCACCUCGGCCAGAAGAUAUGGAGCCUGAAGGGCAGCUUAGUUCAGAUGGCUGUCAUCUAUGCCCUUGUCCCUCUGGCUUAGCUGGCAGUGUGGGCAUGCGUCUGGCUUCCACCCUGGUUCAGGUCCAACAGGUCCGCUCCGUGCCUGUGGUGCCCCCUAAGCCACAGUUUGCCAAGAUGCCCAGUGCACUGUGUAGCAAGAUCCACGUGGCACCUGCAAACCCAUGUCCAAGGCCUGGUCGGCUUGAUGGGACUCCUGCGGAGAGGGCUUGGGGGUCCCGAGGAGGAGGAGCCUCUCGAUCCUCCUGGAAGAAUGGGGGCAGUCUUUCCUUCGAUGCUGCUGUGGCCCUGGCCCGGGACCGCCAGAGAACUGAGGCACAGGGAGUGCGGAGAACCCAGACCUGUGCUGGGGGUGGAGACUACAACUUCAUCCCCAGAACUACUCCAUGUAACAUGAUGCCUGAUCAUGCUCAUCGACCCCUUAGCUGCCUGGAUCUCCAAUCUGAAGACACAGAAGGAUCUGGACACCGGAGUCGGCUUAGUCUGCCCCCUAGAGAAUGUCACCCCCCUGAUCCCCUUAUGAGCCCCCAGCGCCGAUCCUAUGCAUUUGAAACACAGGCUAACCCUGGGAAAGGAGGGGGCCGCGCCUGGGUCUUCAUGGUCUUCCCCCCCCCCCUUUUGUGGGCCGAGCUCUCCCCGCCCCCGAGCAGCGCACGCCCCCGCCCUUCUGCGCUGCGCUGCCGUGGGCCGCGGUCCGGGGCGCCGAGCGGCCGAGUCACGGGUGGGGACUCUAGGCCUGCCGAGCCCCCGGACGCCCUUUCUUGCCUUUGCGGAGCUUUCGGGGCGCGGGGUGAGCGCGAGGGGCUGACGGAGUCACGGCAUGGACUCGGGGGUUCGCGCUUCUCUGGCGCUCGGUUCUGA